UUGUGUGUGAGCGGAGAUGACUCGGAGAGACGAAGAAGAAAAAGAAAAGAAAAAAGAAGCAGAAGAAGAAGAAGAAGAAGAAGAAAAAGAACAAGAAGAAGAAGCAGGACUGACUAACUGGCAGCAGUUUAAAGUUUAAAACUGCUGCAGGUUGCUGGUUUCUGUUCUGGUUUUACUGGUUCCAGUUUUUCCGUUCAACCUCAGUAACAAACAAUAAAGCUCCGCCCACAGCCCCACCCGCUCUGACAUCACAGCUUGUGGUGGGGGGUGAUGCUGCCCAGGACCCACGAAGAUGGCGCCAGAAAAACACCUGAAGAAGAAGAAGAAGAAGAAGAAGAAGACGAAGACGAAGAAGAAGAGGAGGCGGUUGCCAUGACGACUGCAACUAGCCGGGACACCAGCUCGGACUCGGGCGAGGAGACUGGCGCCACGCUGUCAGACUCUGCUCGGGAGGUGUUACCAUGGCAACAGGAGGAGGCGGAGCGAGACGAAAAGGAAACGCAGGCGGUAGCUUCGUCGCCGGAUGGACGAUUCCUGAAGUUCAACAUCGAGAUCGGACGAGGAUCCUUCAAGACAGUUUACAAAGGACUAGACACCGAGAACACACUGGAGGUGGCCUGGUGUGAGCUGCAGACCCACCGCCUGACCAAAGCUGAGCGCCAGCGCUUCAGCGAGGAGGUCGAGAUGCUCAAAGCUCUGCAGCAUCCAAACAUCGUUCGGUUCUUCGACUCCUGGAAGUCGACGCUGAAGGGAUAUAAAUGCACCAUUCUGGUGACCGAGCUGAUGACAUCUGGAACCCUGAAGACGUACCUGCGCAGGUUCCGUCAGAUGAAGCUGAAGCUGCUGCAGCGUUGGAGUUUCCAGAUUCUUAAGGGGCUUCAGUUCCUGCACUCGCGAUCCCCCCCCAUCCUGCACCGAGACCUGAAAUGUGACAACAUCUUCAUUACCGGACCCACCGCCUCCGUUAAAAUUGGCGACCUGGGCCUCGCCACACUCAAGAGGGCAUCCUUCGCCAAGAGCGUCAUCGGGACUCCAGAGUUCAUGGCUCCAGAGAUGUACGAGGAGAAGUACGAUGAGGCCGUGGACGUUUACGCCUUCGGUAUGUGCAUCCUGGAGAUGGCGACGUCCGAGUAUCCGUACUCUGAGUGUCAGAAUGCCGCCCAGAUCUACCGCAAGGUCACCAACGGAAUCAAACCGGACAGUAUUUUUAAAGUCAAAGUCCCGGAGCUGAAGGAGAUUAUCGAGGGAUGCAUCCGAACCAACAGCAGCGAGAGGUUCACGGUUCAGGACUUGCUGGAUCACCGGUUCUUCCAGGAGACGCUCGGCGUCCACGUGGAGCUUGCCGAGAAUGAUGACGGCUUGAAGGCGGCGCUGAAGCUUUGGCUUCGGAUGGAUGGUGACAAGAAGCUUCACGGCAAAUACAAAGACCACGACGCCAUCGAGAUCCUGUUCGAGCUGUACAAAGACGUCCCCGAGGAGGUGGCACAGGAGAUGGUGGUUCUGGGCUUCCUGUCCGAGGCCGACUACAAGCUAGUUGCCAAGGCGAUCCGACACCGAGUGACAGCCAUAAAACGUCAGCGGGAGAAACAGCGUGGCCUGCUAGAGGAAGCUCUCAGCCACCAGAAGGAAUCUGCAAUCAAAGAAGAACCUGGCCCCGCCCCCCAGUUAGCUGAGCUGUCCAAUCAGAGAUCUGCAGCUUCCACAAACACACCUGCUGCUGGGAAAGUAACCAAUCAGGACACAGCUGCUGCUUUGGCCUCCACCUGGAUUCAAGCCCCACCCACGGUGGCCAUGACAUCAUCGGUGGUGUCGUCGAGCAGCAGCCAGGUGGAUUCUGGGAUCAGCAGCAUCUCCAGCAGGACAGACAGAGACGAAGACGAUGACAAAACCACUAAACUCGCCUCAGUCUCCUCCGCUGCCUCUGAUUGUGAGAUGGACAUCUCCUUCAGUUCUUCAGGUGUCCUGGAGAAAAUUGAAGCCCCGCCUCCUCCUGUCCCAAGCCCCGCCACUGUUCCAGUGGUUCAGGAAAUGCCUCGACCUGAGGCUCCUCCCCUUGUGGCUCGGGUCAAACCCAAAGCCCCGCCCCUUCCGGUGCUGCGUUUCCCAAAGAGCAUCGCUGUUACCAACAACGCAGAGCGACCGCCACUGGAGUCAGUCUGUGGUUUCUCCUCACCUGUCGAAAGUUAUGCCUCAGACGUAACCUCAGGUCUGAGUGACGGCACCGACGGCCAAUCAGAUAAGAGCAUCCAGAAGGCAGCUAAAAGAGAGGCUGCCAAACAGUUCAGGAGGAGGGCAAAGGCUCGUUUGAGGAUCAUCGGGGUGUCCGACAUGGUUGACCGAGUGGUGGAGUGUCAGCUGCAGACUCACGACAGCAAGAUGGUGACGUUUAAGUUCGACCUGGACGGAGACAAUCCAGAGGACAUUGCAUCAGUGAUGAUCCACAGAGACUUCAUCCUUCCAUCUGAGCGUGAAGGAUUCAUCAUCCGCAUGUAUGACAUCAUAGAGAGUGCAGAGUCAAUGAUGCAUCGGCAGCAGCCAGCCAACACCGACAGGUUGUCUCACCUGACCACAUCCACAGCACCUGACUCCCAGUCCAACCUGUCAGCAGCGGUCCUCUCCAGAACUCUGUCUUCGUCCUCAUUACCUGAUAUUGACAAUGCUGACCCUGCCGCCUUGAAGGGAGUUGACUUCCUCAUCAAUUCAGAGGCCUCACCCACUGUCAGGCCGCUGAGGUCGCAGUCUUUCCACACCUCAUCAGCUUCCUCGUAUCAGCCUCCUCCCUACCCGAUCCAUUACCCCCACCCCCAAGCUCCUUCUCCCUCUCACCUUUCUCCUGGUCCCCAGUAUCACAUCCCCCCACCCCCCUACUCCACCUACACCCCGUCCUUACCCACACUAAGCCCCACCCCCAAUCUGCCCCGUGUUCACAGUAACCCCUCCCUCUCCACCACCAUGUCCCCCUCACCACCAGCUCCUUCCCCUCAGUGGCCCCCCUCUGACCAGCCUCUCUUCUCUCUGGCCAAUGUGCUCUCAUUGGCCAUGACCGUGGCCCAGUCCCUCAUGCCCCAAACUGGGGCUGCCAACCAGGGCUUUCACCCGCAGCCCCUGCCACCAGUGUUCUCCCCCCAGGGCCUCUCCCCUCCAUCAUCUCCAUCUACUGGUCCUUUGCUCCCUCCUGCAAAUAACCCCUCCCCAUCCACUGCCUUCACACCCCAACCACCCCACAGCUCCCUACCACCUCCAACAGGCUCCGGCCCAGGUAGCCAGCAGGGGGCGUUGCCCGGCCGGACUCCAGCCAUGCCUCAGGUGUCCCCACCUGUCUCCCCAUCACCACAACUGUCCCCCAUACAUGAAGUGAAGAAACCUCCAGUCGUCACUGUGGGUCGCUUCCAGGUGACGCCAUCUAAAGAAGCUACUGCUGUCCAUCAUCAGGAGCCCCGCCCCUUGAAUCAGGCCACGCCCACAUCCCACUCGCCACCUCCCACUAUGAAGAGGGAAUCAGAGAGCAGCACAGAAAACAGUACGGAGGAGCAGAGCGAAUCAGAGAGCAGCGUGAGCACAGUGACGGUCCACACGACUGGUCGUCCUCUGGGUUACCCUGACAACGCUCAGGAGGAGGGGGAGGACAGGAGGAGGGAGGGACCGCGGCUGAGCGUCACUCUGAGGGAGGGGCCGUCUCUCAGCCAAUCGUGGAGCCGCUCUGCCACCUACAGCUCCGAUGAAUCAGACGGCGAGGAGAUGUGGGAGGAGCUACAUGAGCUUCGUGAAAGACACCUGGUGGAGGUUCAGAACCUGCAGGUCAAUCAGAAGCGAGAGAUUGAGGAGUUGUAUCAGAGGAUGGGUAAAGUCCCGCCUCCUGGGAUCGUCCCACCAGCAGCCAUGUUGAACAAUCGCCAGCGCCGUAUGUCUGUGUCCGGGAACUACCCUCCCUCUCGCAAAAACAGCCUGCAGAGACUGGAGCUGCUGUCCCCUGCAGGUAUCAUGAGGAAGAGUUCGGUGAGCGGCGGCAGCAGCGGGUCUCAGGACCGAGCAUUGAAAGGUGUGAGCUUCGUCCCAGGACACAGCUGCAUGUGACAGAGGAGCUGAAGGAGAUGCAGAGGACUCACCAUCGGUAGAAAUGUCUCUGUUCCAGAAACGCUCUGAGAAGGUUCCGCCGAGUUCUCCUGAUGCUUUCAGCAGGAAGGUUUCCCGUGGUUCCCAGAACGUUCCUCUCAAAGGCAGGAUAAUAAGGACGCUCUAAAAAUGUUUGGCGAAAACAUUGUUGGACUGUUAUGCUCUAAUGUUUUCAAAACUGGAUGUUACAUGGAGAGUGUUCUUCCUUUGCUGUCAUGGAACAUGAUGGAACAUUGUGGGAAUGUUUUAUAGAUUCUUUGUGUUCCUUCAACAAUAGGUGAAUUGUUCUACUUUGUAUAUAUCACAUCACAGGAACCUUAUUAAAACGUUCCAUAUAAAGAACGUUCUGUUAUCUAAGGACUCAAUAACAUCUGGAAAUGUUUCUCUGUUAUCAUGGAAUAUUGUGGGAACAUUUUCUCGAUUUUCUAAUGUGUUCCUUCAACGACAUCUUUAGAACAUCUUUAGAACAUUACAGGAAGAAUGUUCCAGCUCUGGUAAUGCAUCACAGUACAGGAAUGUCUAAAAAGAACGUUCCUUUUAAUGUUUUCCAAAUGUUGCACUGAGAACAUCCUUUCUUUAAUAUCAUUACAGAAAUGUUUU